AAGCCUCAAAAUGGCACAAUUUUGUUUUGAUGCUGAAAAUACUUUAAACUGUCCGAUCUGUCUGAAUCUGCUUACAGACCCAGUGACUACAUCUUGUGGCCACAGUUACUGUAUGGACUGCAUUGAGAGAUCCUGGGAUCAGGAGGUUUAUAAAGGAGUGUACAGCUGCCCCAAAUGCAGGACACAAUUCAACCAAAGACCAACUCUCAGCAGAAGCACAGUGCUAGCUGAAAUUGUAGAUGGAAUGAACCAGGAGGAUCCAGCUGGACCUGAAGAUGUGCAGUGCGAUGUUUGCAAAGGAAGAAAACUAAAAGCCAUCAAGUCUUGUCUGGUGUGUUUGGCUUCUUACUGCCAAUCUCACAUUCAGCCUCAUUAUGAGUCUGAAGCUUUUAGAAAACACAAGCGGGUAAAUGCUUCCUCAAAUCUACAGCAGCAGAUCUGCCCACAACAUCAUAAAGCACUGGAGAUUUACUGUCAGGAUGACCAGAAGUGUAUAUGUGUAGUUUGUUUGGGGGGUCAGCACAGUGGACAUAAAACAGUCUCAGCUGCUGAUGAAAUGGAUAAAAAACAGGAGGAGCUGAAAAUAAAACAGAAGGAUUUCUUGCAGAAAACUAAAGACAGAGAAAAGAGGGUUCAAAUGUUGAAGAAAGCUGUUGAGUCUCAUAAGGCAGCGGUGCAGAACAGUGAGAGGAUCUUUGAUGAGCUCAUCAGCUUCAUUCAGAAAAGACAAGCUGAGAUGAGAGAGAAGAUCAGUGCUCAAGAGAAGGAAGUACAAGAAGUUGAGAAUCAUAUACAGACACUGGAGCACGAGAUCAGAACUCUGCAGAAGGAUAACAAUACAUUGGAGCCACUUUUGCAUACAGAAGAUCACAUUCAUUUCUUCCAGAAUUACCCUUCCUGUUCGGAAUUCCUUUCAUACACAAUCUUAUUAAGGGAUUUUAAUAAUCUCCUGAAAACUGAGAAUGUAAACAAAUCUCUCUCAGAAUUGAAAGAGCAACUGGAUAAAAUAUGCGAAAAACACAUGGGCAGAAAAUCAGUUUAA